UGAGGUCUCAAAGAAGCAAUUGGUAAUGGACGUGAGGCUUGUUCCCUUCUUAUGUGGUCAUGCUCGUAGUACCAUCAUGAGAGGACGAGCAUGAUUGUGAUGAGGAUCCUGACAACGUAGUAGUCAGUAUGUUCAAGGCUAGAACUAUUCACGUAAGAAACGAUUGACUUCUGUUGGAAACUAAAUGGUGGUGAUGAUGCUGAUCAUACGCUUUCGCCAUCAAGCAAAAGCGUUCAAAAGAGGAAAUCACAAUCAGAAGUGAUCAGAUGGAUUUUGAGUAGACGCACUGGUAGAUGUCGUCAGGGAAAGAAUACUUUCAAAUCAUCAAGAAAGCGGGCAAGAAAAGCGCAAGCAAGUGCAUCGCACUGCUAGACAUUGAAAUCUCCCGCAACGACUGUGAAGUUUUUUGGACGAGAUGAAGUUAGCACAGCAAGGAAAGAAGGACGGUCGUUGACGAUCGGGUUCAAGGCGGUGAGAAUGAUCGGUGGGAUCAGGGUUCAGUGCGCCUUGGUACAACUAUAAUCAGGAUACUACUGCGACCAAAGACGAUUGGACCGCGAAUGACAGAAUCAGGACACUUAUGGGCACAAGAGUCAGGAAACCGCAACACAGCCGGGAGCCCCCUUGCUUGAAGAGUUCAGAUUUGAAGUGUGGAAAAGCUCCUCAGUAGAUGU